GUAUCCUUAAAGCUCAACAAAAGGAUAAGGGUUGGAAAAUUUUCCAACAAUGGCGUUGAAGGUUCUUUCAGCCCUUGAUACAGCGAAAACUCAGUAUUACCACAUCAAGGCCAUCAUCAUAGCCGGCAUGGGCCUCUUCACCGACGCCUACGACCUUUUCUGUAUCCUUCCGAUCAUGGGACUCAUCGGGCGUGUGUACUUUGAAAAUGAGCCUGAUGGGUCCAAAAAGUACAAGAUCGUUACUUCAACGAUGCUGGCAAUCGCUCUUUUGGGCACCGCCAUCGGUCAGCUCUUGUUUGGUAGUCUUGGCGACCGAGUCGGAAGGCGCCGCAUGUACGGGAUCGCAUUGAUGAUCAUGGUGCUCAGCUCCAUAGGAUGUGGGUUUUCGAUAUGUACGACAAGGAACUGUGUUCUAGUGAGUCUUGGGCUGUUCAGGUUCAUGUUGGGCUUGGGAAUUGGAGGAGACUAUCCCUUGUCGGCUACCAUCAUGUCGGAGUUCGCUAACAAGACGACACGUGGAGCACUCAUAGCUGCGGUUUUCAGCAUGCAGGGCUUAGGGAUUUUGACUGCUUCCAUGGUCACGAUGAUGGUGUGCAAGAUAUUUGACGCUACAUCGGACGUACGCGUAUCGGCAACGGAUCCGACGCCUCAGAAGGCUGAUAUUGCAUGGAGGUUGAUAUUGAUGUUGGGGGCAAUUCCAGCUGCAUUAACCUUCUAUUGGCGUAUGCUUAUGCCCGAAACUGCCAGAUAUACAGCUUUGGUGGAGCAUAAUGUGGCCCAAGCGGCUAAGGACAUGGAGAAAGUGUUGGAAGUUUCAAUGAGUCAGCUUGCGGAAGAUAACCCACUCCCACCAAAUGAACUGCCCUAUCCCCUCUUCUCCAAGCAAUUCUUUCGUCGCCAUGGUCGUGAUUUAUUCGCUUCUUCCUGCACAUGGUUUCUUGUCGACAUUGUCUUUUACAGCAUGAAUGUCUUCAACCUUCAGAUAUACGGAAAUCCACUGGAUACAAAAAAAAAUGCCUACAAAGAAGCUUUAGAUGUUGCCAGUGUCCAAGCAAUUUUCGCUGUAUGUUUCACAAUUCCAGGCUACUGGUUCACUGUCUAUUUCAUCGAUCGUGUUGGAAGAGUCAAAAUCCAAACAAUGGGUUUUCUCUUCAUGGCAGCGGUUUAUUUAUCAAUUGGGAUACCCUAUAUACCAUAUUGGCAAAAUCACAAAGAUUUAGGUUACAAGGUCCUCUAUGGCCUUAUCUUUUUCUUCUCAAAUUUCGGACCAAACACUACCACCUUUAUAGUUCCCGCUGAGCUUUUUCCAGCGAGAUUUAGAUCAACAUGUCAUGGCAUUUCUGGGGCUGCUGGGAAGGUGGGGGCAAUUAUUGGCUCAGUUGGAAUUUACUGGGCUUUACAGGUUCAUCGAAAGGACCAUGGUGCUAAGCCCAACCCAAUUAUAAUGACUGCCGUUAUGGUAAUACUUGCCGGAGUUUGUGUGAUGGGAGCGGUGGUAACAUAUUUGUUCACGCGUGAAACAAUGGGGAGAUCAUUGGAGGAGAAUGAGAAUGAGGAUGAGCUAUCCCAGAGAGAUGUGUUUGUAGUGCAGAUGUCUUACUGAUACUAGUGUCAACUCACUUUCUUCUCCCGACCAUAUUCAAGCUCCUGUUGUCUAGACUAUAGAUUCGUUCUGUCUCUAAUCAUUCCGUGGGUGUGAUUUAGGUAUAGCGUAUUUUGUAUGUAGAAAACCCGCUUGCGCGUGUGCAGAUGGUAAAUAGCAUCUCAUAUUAUAUGUAAUAUUUUAGAAAAAUCUUUGCAACACGUUGUUGUAGUAAA